GCGAGUCAUGACUUCGCCAUCCUAGGAAAGAAAUAUCCCACACCGGAAGAUGAAACGCGGGUGUUACACUCAACGUAUUCCCACCUGUUGUAGACUCGUGAAAACCAGGCAGCGCCUUACUUAUAUCUUAGAUUUGAAUAUAACUGUUAUUUGUGUCACGUAGCUAUGAAUGUGUACAUAAAAUUACCGGUGAAUUAGCUCAGAUGUCAGACACCGGGGAGGAGUGGCAGGUUGCCAGGCGACGAAAAGGUGCAGCGCGGAGAUCAAACACAUUUAAACCGUGUUCAACUGCAGCAGCAUGCUGUCAGGAGCAGCUGGAUGUUGGGAAAACUGUUAAACGGAUCAGAGAAACAGAGUCUGAACUAAGAUGUGAGGAGUUUUGGAAAGAUUGGAAAGAACAGCUGCUGGUGGCAGGAUCAGCAUCCCUCUCAAAACCUCCAGAGAACAAAAAGGACACUGAGGUCUCCAUCGAUCAGGUGGAGAAGGGCAGAGAUGACAGAACAUCUCAACAUCUAGAGUGUGUGUGUUAUGGUCUGGGCUCCUUUUCCUCCUGUGUCUCGGCUCGCUUCCAGCUUGCCAUGUUGUUGCUGCUGCUGGAUGCAGGGCAGAUUCCACUGAAGGACUGCUCUGUUUAUGACCCUGCAUUCUCCUCUGGAGAAAGGGACGUAUUGAGAGAGCUGGGUCUGACUGUACUCACAGAAAAUGAGGAGGGGAAGCGGUCGGCAACUAAGCCCACACUCUUUUACCUGAUGCAUUGUGGGAAAGCCCUGUACAACAACCUCUUGUGGAAGAACUGGAGUACACAACGUCUGCCUCUGAUGAUAAUCUUUGGAAACAGCUUCAACGGCAUGAGGGACAGGGCGAUCGAGAGAGAAUUCAAGCGGGACUACAGGUACAUUAGCCAGGCUGCGGACAUGUGUGAGGAGAGAGCGCUACCCUGUCCGUCCCGUCUGAUUGACGUCUUCAGUGACACAGCAGUCAUCACAUUUCCUUCUAGCAGCCUUAACAAACUGCCUCAGUCCGCCUGGACAGAACCACAUGAACCACAGUACCAACACUGCCCUGACUUGGAGAUCAUACAAAGGGAAGCACGGAGCUGAGAAAGAACAUUGACAAGAUAUGAACAAAACUGUACAGUUUUUUAUCGUUGCCAUUGAUGUCCAGUGUGCAGUUUAAAAAAACAUGCUUCAAACUAAGGAUUGCACAAUUGAACCACUUUCAUGAUAAGUUAGUCCCAAGGCUACACUGGGAUUUGUGGGUCCAGACUUUAAAUCCACCCACUCCACAGAGUUGCCUGAUUGACUGAAGAUGGAAACGGAGUGUAACAAAUUGACAAUUCUGUCUGAUAUCAGGCAAACAUUCAGAAGGAAAAAGUACUGUUGUGCAUCUUGGGCCAAUUAAUUCAAGCUUUAAGGCAGCAAUAAAGCAGUUCUUUCACUGAAUAGGAACUACCUGUUAAGUAUUA